UUUGCGACCGACACAUCACUACACCAAACCGGAACUUCCGCCCAGCCAGCUCGGUCCGUUCUGCAUCAUUAAAGUUGACAGCAGAGAAACAUACAAAGUGUUUUAAAAGUUCGCUUUCGACGACAAAAAAGUGACAUUUGACGCCGCCGAUUGUUGACCAACAUCGGGAUGACUUCACUGACGAUGAUCGCUCGGGUAUCGGACGGACUCCCGCUGGCUGCGUCCAUCCAGGAGGAAGAACAGUCAGGAAGAGACCUCCAGCAGUACCAGAGCCAAGCCAAGCAGCUGUGCCGUAAACUGAAUGCUCAGAGUCCGGACCGCUGUACCCUGGAGGGCGGGGACAUGAACUUCCACUAUUUAAUAGCUCAGGGUGUAUGCUACCUGUUCAUCUGCGAGGCUUCAUUUUCCAAAAAGAUGGUUUUUGCAUACCUUGACGACCUCCACAAUGAGUUCUAUGACCAGUAUGGAAAGAGAGUCCCCACAGUAACGAGGCCGUACUCUUUCAUCGAGUUUGACACAUACAUCCAGAAAGCAAAGAAGAAUUACGUUGACAGCAGGGCCAGGAGGAACUUUGGCAGUAUUAACACAGAGCUACAGGAUGUCCAGAGAAUUAUGGUGGCAAAUAUUGAGGAAGUUCUGCAGAGAGGAGAAUCUCUUUCUGCUCUAGACACAAAAGCCAGCAAUCUUACCAGCCUGUCGAAGAAGUACCGCAGCGACGCCAAAUACCUCAACACCCGCUCCACAUACGCCAAGGUGGCUGCUGUGUCGGUGUUCUUCAUCACACUCAUCAUCUAUGUGCGUUUCUGGUGGCUCUGAUGGGACUCUCAAACGAGGAAUUUGACUUAAGGGAGAGGUUGUUUCACUUUGAAAAAACAAGCAUUUAAACAGAUCCUGUUACAUUUGUUCUAUGCCAGGGUGCCUUAAAGGGAUCACAUACAGUCUAUCCCUGUUGAAGGUAGAAAUGUAUCAAGCUUUGACUUAUGUCACGUAUACAGUUUAAACUGAGCCGUUGGUCUGUGAUGGGGAAGCAAAUGCUUCACGGUGAGUUCGAGUACCUUUGUUUACUGGAAUAUUAAGAGCAGGGUGUUAAAUUAACAUUGAUAAACUGGAUAAAGGGGUUUCUUUCAGAGUCUCAGCAUUAAGGAGAAACCAUGUAUGGAUAUGCAGAGGUUUUGUGAAAAGUCUUAAUACUGUGACAAAAGAAUGUUUAUUGUUCACAAAGUUUACAUUGUAACAAAGUCUUAUUGAAAAUAUUAAAUAUUUAUCAAAUUGUAA